GUAGAAGUACUCAUUAUAUUUAUAUUGUAUUAUUUAUAUUAUAUUUUAUAUAUAUUAUUAAAUAUGAUUUUACUGGAUUUUAAUUGUUGAUGGAUUCAUGUGUUCAUUUAUUAGUUUUUGUACCAAUAAUCUGAAUCUGCAAAGUUAUCAGAUUCAUUUAGAGAAGUAAAAUUAUAAAGUAGCAUAAAAUGGAAAUGUUCACAUAAAGAACAAGCACCUCAAAGUUGUACUUAAGUACUUUACUUUAGAUGGACAACAGGGCCGCAGUCGGUUCAUUCAGUUUAGGAACAACGGAUCCAGAGAAAUGUGAAGGAAGAGGUGGAGGAGGAGGAACAAGAGUCUCCGGCCUGUCCCAGUUGUUCGGUGUGUUGUUCCUUCUGCUUCAUCAUGUGAAAGCUUUGUGAGGGCAGAACCACAGCAACAUCACUGAUAACCAGGUUUGUAGUAUUGUUCUGAAAGACUGUGUUGCAGUGUUUGGUGUUUCAGCCAGACAGAUUUUGACCUGAAGACGGGACGUUUGGGGAACUGGGCGAGAAGCUGUGUGAGGCGUCAUUUCAAAAAACUGUUCAAGCAGAAAGAGAAAAGCUUGUUUUCUUCAUGAAGCUCAGUGAAGGUGUGAGAGCGGCUGUCUGAGGCGUCGUCUGCAGAGACUCUGAUAACGUGAAGAUAAUCAGCUGCUAUUUAAAUCUGCGAGCAGCUGAGCCACACACUCUUCAUCAUCCUCAUCUUCUUCACAUUCAAACCUGCUGACGCUCAGAAGCUGCUGGUUUCUAAUCGUUCGCUUCAUUUACAAUAAACACAUUUUUAACGGGACUUCGGUCAGUUCAGCAAAACUCUGUCAGCAGAAUAGACGUCACUUUAAAGGGACGAAAGAUUUUGUUUUUAUGGAUGUGUAACAUUUACAUUGUUAUGGUGCAUUUAUUAGAGCCUCUCUGUACAAAGAGACUAAAAUUAAAUACAUUUAUCUUGUGAAAUAAAUAAGAGACUAAAAUGUUUUUCAUAUUACAGGAACAUGAAGCAGGUUUGAACAUUUAUAUGAAGUUUAGUCUUUGUGUUAGACGGUAAUGUGAAGUUUGUUGACAUCCGCAGCUGUUUUAGUGAUUGAAUGAGUUAUUAUUAUACAAAAUCAGCUGCAUUUCCUUUAUUUAACCUGAUUAAUAAGUGUUUUCAUUGAAUACAUCAAAAAAAUAAGAAAAUUAAACCAAUACAAACAGAUACACAAACGGACAGUUUAUAAUGGCAGACUUUGUGUUAAGUGAUAAUAUUAAGCAACAAUAAAUAAAUAAAAGUAAUCAAUACGAUGUGAACUAGAACUGGGCAUUGUUGUUUUCUGAAACUAAAUAAAAAAUAUUAAAUAUUAUCUGUGAAAACAGUUUGUAAUCAGAUUUAUCCACUUUUCAAAGGGAAUUCUCUGAAACACAUUGUCUUCGUCCGACCUCGAUAACCAUCAUAUCAUCAUCAUCAUCAUCAUUAUUAUUACUAUCAUCAUUAUUAUUAUCAUUAUUAAUAUUAUUAUUAUUAUUUCCCAGUUGUUUCAUUUGUUUUUCUGCUUCUGAGUUUCAUUGAAACGUAACAGUUUCUUAGCUUUGAGAAAUAUGAACCUGUUUUUCAACAAACCCCUUUUUUACUGAACAAAAUCAGCUGAACUACAGUCUGAAUGAUUUAAAGCAGGAAGUGUCUGACCAGACAGGAAGUCAGCAGCAUGAAUCUGAGCAGAUGUUACAUUAUAUUCACCUUUUCACUCAGUCUGAAUCACGAGGAGUCCCGUGGUUUGAUGAGAGCCCCCACAUGUCGGUCUGUGACUGAGAUAAAAACUCUGAAGUAUCUCUGGUUUCUAUUUGGAGGCUGAGAGCUGAUGAGUCCGGAGCGUCCGAGAUAAAGAGACAAACCACUUCAGUCAGUCUGACCACACUCUUCAUAUCUGAGUCUCGGUCAAACCAAAGACUCCGUGUUUGGAAAUGACAAAAGGAUUCAGCCUGAGAUCUCCGCUGCUGGAGAAAUGGCUGAGAGUGUGAUAUUAAAACGAUCAGUCUGAGGUUUAUUAAAGACCAGCUGCUUGGAGAGACGGCAGGAGGAUCCACCAAACAGUUUGAACAAACAAUAUGAGUUUGUGAUGUUGGAGCCACUAACAGAUACUUUUACAGGUUUAAAUAUGCAGAAAUAUAAUUUUAAAAAAUCACAUUAGCCUAAUAUUUUGUUGCAGAACAGUAUCCUGAUACAGAUGUCAAACUCAAGACACAAAAGGACAAAAGACAAAAUAUAGAUUUAAAUAAAAUGGUUUAAGGUGAUGAAACACAAAGAAAUGAGAGAUAAAAAUAUGGACGUGUUCAGGUGUCUAACCUUCUGAAACUUAUAAUAAACCACUUGUUUCUAACUGUUUCCCUUACUUCUUGUUCUAUUUAUUUUAGAAACAGGUUGAAUAAUUUACUUUUCUGUCUUUUUCUUAUUUAAAUAAAAAUAUGUUUUGGGCUCACUAACUGUUUCAAAGGAAAAUGUUUGCAGCACAGGUGAAUAGUUCAGCAGAGUUUUGGGAUUCAUUAGUAAAAUUAGUACUUCUGCUGUCAGUCAUGUGCACUUAAAUAUUAUUAAAUGAGUUAUUAUACUUGCAGACUCCGACCAUUAAAUGCAAAUUUGGAACAAUUUAAUGAUUGAUAAUCUCCUCUGGAUCAGCACUUUUACAGCCAAACAGACUAAAAUAUGAAAAAUUGUUUAAAUAUAUAAAAAAGUCACCUGAUAAACCUUUUUUUAAAUUAGGUUUUGCUUUUUAAAUAUGUCUGCAGGUGAAUGAUUGCGCUGUGAAAGAAGUGGUGGAUGAUGAGCUGCAGUAUAAGCACCAGUCCUGUGAGGGACAGUAGAAGCUGAGUCUAAAUGGAGAGGUGUCGGGGGCCCUAUCAGCUGGCAGAUAAGCAGUGAAUCACUCCUUUUCCUAAAAUGGACUUUAACAGCCAAAGGUCCUGAAUCUGCCCUCAGGGUGUUUUCUGUCCCUGAGGCAGAUUUAGUUUCAGCUCUUUUUUUCUCUCUUCAGAAGUUAUCUCCUAAUUUGGUCCACGGGGAUCCUUUAUAAACCUCCUCCUGUGGCGAAGACCCUGCAGUCUGCUUCAGAGACAGAAAGGCUUCUUUUCAGACUGAGCUCUCUUCUGACAUCCACCCACAACCAUGGGUGACGCUCUGAUGGCCGAGUUCGGGAAGGCUGCUCCUUACCUGAGGAAGUCAGACAGGGAGCGCCUGGAAGCCCAGACCAGACCUUUCGACAUCAAGACCGAAUGCUUCGUAGUUGACGACAAGGUGGAAUAUAUGAAGGGUCAAAUCCAAAGCAAAGAUGGAGGGAUGGUGACUGUCAAGAAGGAGGACGGGACCACGGUAACCGUGAAGGAGGUGGACGUCCAUCCCCAGAACCCACCAAAGUUUGACAAAAUCGAAGACAUGGCGAUGUUCACUUUCCUCCACGAGCCCGCUGUGCUGUUUAACCUCAAAGAGCGUUACGCAGCCUGGAUGAUCUACACCUACUCUGGGCUCUUCUGUGUCACUGUCAACCCCUACAAGUGGCUUCCUGUCUACGAUGCCGACGUGGUGGCAGCCUACAGAGGGAAGAAGAGAACCGAGGCCCCCCCUCACAUCUUCUCCAUCUCUGAUAACGCCUACCAGUACAUGCUGACUGACAGGGAGAACCAGUCUGUCCUCAUCACCGGAGAAUCUGGAGCUGGGAAGACUGUGAACACCAAAAGGGUCAUCCAGUACUUUGCCAGCAUCGCUGCAGUCGGCGGUGGAAAAAGAGACACCAGCAAAGGGACACUGGAGGAUCAAAUCAUCCAGGCAAACCCUGCGCUCGAGGCUUUCGGCAACGCCAAAACGCUGAGAAAUGACAACUCGUCUCGUUUUGGAAAAUUCAUAAGAAUUCACUUCGGUACGAGCGGCAAGCUGGCGUCUGCUGACAUCGAGACGUACCUGCUGGAGAAGUCACGAGUCACCUUUCAGCUCAAGGCUGAGAGGAACUACCACAUAUUCUACCAGAUCCUGUCCAAUCAGAAGCCAGAGCUGCUGGACAUGCUGCUCAUCACCAACAACCCAUACGACUACUCCUACAUCUCCCAAGGAGAGGUAACAGUCGCCUCCAUCAACGACUCAGAGGAGCUGAUGGCCACCGACAGCGCCUUCGAUGUACUCGGCUUCACUGCAGAAGAGAAGAUGGGCGUCUAUAAACUGACGGGCGCCAUUAUGCACUACGGCAACAUGAAGUUCAAACAGAAGCAGCGUGAGGAGCAGGCGGAGCCGGACGGGACGGAGGCUGCUGAUAAAUCGGCUUACCUAAUGGGGCUGAACUCUGCUGACCUCAUCAAAGGGCUGUGCCAUCCCAGAGUCAAGGUAGGAAACGAAUACGUUACCAAAGGACAAAGUGUGGACCAAGUCAACUACUCCCUCGGUGCUCUGGCAAAGUCAGUGUAUGAAAAGAUGUUCAACUGGAUGGUGGUGAGAAUCAACCAAUCCCUGGACACAAAACAGCAUCGUCAGUACUUUAUAGGAGUGCUGGACAUUGCUGGAUUUGAGAUCUUUGAUUUCAACACGUUUGAGCAGCUGUGCAUCAACUACACCAACGAGAAACUGCAACAGUUUUUCAACCAUCACAUGUUCGUCCUGGAGCAAGAAGAGUAUAAAAAAGAAGGUAUAGAGUGGGAGUUCAUUGACUUUGGGAUGGACUUACAAGCUUGUAUUGACCUCAUUGAGAAGCCGCUGGGGAUCCUGUCAAUUCUGGAGGAGGAAUGCAUGUUUCCCAAAGCCAGUGAUCAGACUUUCAAGUCCAAGCUCUAUGAUAAUCAUUUGGGCAAGAACAAGAUGUUUGAGAAGCCGAGGGCUGCAAAGGGGAAAGCAGAGGCUCAUUUCGCCCUGGUUCAUUAUGCUGGCACGGUGGACUACAACAUCGGCAACUGGCUGGUCAAAAACAAAGACCCACUGAAUGAAACUGUGGUCGGCCUUUAUCAGAAAUCAUCUCUUAAACUUCUCAGCCUGCUGUUUUCAAGUUAUUCAGCUGACGGCGGUGACAAAGGAGGCGGUAAAGGAGCCAAGAAGAAAGGUUCCUCAUUCCAGACUGUGUCUGCACUUCACAGGGAAAACCUGAACAAGCUGAUGACCAACCUGAAGACAACACACCCCCACUUUGUCCGCUGUCUGAUUCCUAAUGAGAGGAAAACUCCAGGGGUCAUGGACAACUGCCUUGUGAUGCACCAGCUGCGCUGUAACGGUGUCCUGGAAGGCAUCAGAAUAUGCAGGAAGGGCUUCCCAAACAGGGUGCUCUAUGGUGACUUCAAACAACGGUACAGGAUUCUGAAUGCCUCUGCCAUCCCUGAAGGGCAGUUCCUCGACUGCAAGAAGAGCGCUGAGAAGUUGCUGGGAUCACUGGACAUCGACCACACGCAGUACAAGUUUGGCCACACCAAAGUCUUCUUUAAAGCUGGUCUGCUGGGCAUACUGGAGGAGAUGCGAGAUGAACAACUCUCUCGAAUCAUCACCAGGAUCCAGGCUAAUGCCCGGGCAAUCCUCAUGAGGGCAGAGUUUGCUAAGCUAGUGGAACGCAGAGAUGCCCUGAUGGUCAUCCAGUGGAACCUUCGCUCUUUUCUGGGUGUAAAGAACUGGCCCUGGAUGAAGCUCUUCUUCAAGAUCAAACCCCUUCUGAAGAGCGCAGAGUCUGAGAAGGAGAUGGCUAACAUGAAGGAUGAGUUCAAUAAGCUGAAAGAAGCUCUGGAGAAAUCAGAAGCAAGACGGAAAGAACUAGAAGAGAAAAUAGUGACUCUUCUCCAAGAGAAGAACGAUCUGACGCUGCAAAUUCAGUCUGAACAGGACACACUGACAGAUGCUGAAGAGCGCUGCGAACAGCUUAUAAAGAGCAAGAUUCAACUGGAGGCCAAGCUGAAAGAGAUGACAGAAAGACUUGAAGAUGAAGAGGAGCUAAAUGCAGAUCUCACAGCUAAGAAACGGAAGCUUGAAGAUGAAUGCUCCGAGUUGAAGAAAGACAUAGAUGAUCUGGAGCUGACUUUGGCCAAGGUCGAGAAAGAGAAACAUGCCACAGAGAAUAAGGUGAAAAACCUGACGGAGGAGAUGGCUUCCCAGGAUGAAAACAUCAUGAAGCUAACCAAAGAGAAGAAGGCACUGCAGGAGGCUCACCAGCAGACACUGGAUGACCUUCAGAGUGAAGAAGACAAAGCCAACAGCUUGACCAAAGCCAAAGCUAAGCUGGAGCAACAGGUUGACGAUCUUGAGGGCUCAUUGGAGCAAGAGAAGAAAGUCAGGAUGGACCUCGAGCGCUCAAAGAGGAAGCUCGAAGGAGACCUGAAACUGACGCAGGAGAGUAUGAUGGACUUGGAAAAUGACAAGCAGCAGCUGGAGGAAAAACUAAAGAAAAAAGACUUUGAGGUUGUCCAAAUAAAUUCAAGACUUGAUGAUGAGCAGGUUGCUUCAGUUCAGCUCCAAAAGAAGCUGAAGGAAAACCAGGCAAGAAUUGAGGAGCUGGAAGAGGAGCUGGAUGCUGAGCGUGCAGCCCGGGCCAAAGUUGAAAAGCAGCGAUCUGAUCUUUCCCGUGAGCUGGAGGACAUCAGCGAACGUCUGGAGGAGGCAGGUGGAGCAACAGUAGCACAGGUAGAGAUGAACAAGAAGAGAGAUUCUGAAUUUCAGAAGCUGCGAAGGGAGCUGGAGGAAUCUACCCUCCAACAUGAGGCCACCGCUGCCUCCCUGAGGAAGAAACAUGCUGACAGCGUUGCUGAACUGGGCGAACAGAUUGACAACCUGCAGCGUGUGAAGCAGAAGCUGGAGAAGGAAAAGAGUGAGCUGAAGCUGGAGCUGGACGACUUGUGUUCUAACAUGGAGAGUGUUGUGAAGGCCAAGUCCCACAAUGAGAAGAUGUGCCGUACAAUGGAAGACAACAUGAACGAGUACAAGAGCAAAUAUGAGGAAGCUCAACGCACCAUCAAUGACUUAACUACCCAGAGGGCCAAGCUGCUCACUGAGAAUGGGGAGUUUGGACGGCAGCUGGAGGAGAAAGAGUGUCUGAUCUCACAGCUGACCAGAGGGAAGAACUCGUACAACCAGCAGGUAGAAGAUCUACGCAGGCAGCUGGAAGAAGAGGUCAAGGCAAAGAACGCCCUCGCCCACGCUGUGCAAUCUGCUCGCCAUGACUGUGAUCUGCUCCGAGAGCAGUUUGAAGAGGAGCAGGAGGCCAAGGCUGAGCUGCAGAGAGCUCUGUCCAAAUCCAACACCGAGGUCUCAGCAUGGAGGACAAAAUAUGAGACCGAUGGAAUCCAGAGAACAGAAGAACUGGAGGACGCAAAGAAGAAGCUUGUGCAAAGACUGCAGGAGGCAGAGGAGGCCAUCGAGGCAGUGAAUGCAAAGUGUUCAUCCCUUGAGAAGACCAAGCACCGCCUCCAAAAUGAGAUUGAAGACCUGAUGCUGGACCUUGAGAGAUCCAAUGCAGCAUCUGCAGCCCUAGACAAAAAGCAAAGAGCCUUUGACAAAGUCAUGGCAGAGUGGAAGCAAAAGUUUGAGGAGUCGCAGUGUGAGCUGGAGGCCUCUCAGAAGGAAGCCCGGUGUUUGAGCACUGAGCUCUUCAAACUGAAGAACGCCUAUGAGGAGGCCCUGGAUCAACUUGAGACCAUGAAGAGAGAGAACAAGAACCUCCAAGAGGAGAUCUCUGACCUUACCGACCAGCUGGGAGAGGGCGGCCGGAGUGCUCAUGAACUGGAGAAGAUCCGGAAGCAGCUUGAGCAAGAAAGGGCAGAGCUGCAGUCAGCACUGGAGGAGGCAGAAGGUUCUCUGGAGCACGAAGAGAGCAAGAUCCUCCGAGCCCAGCUCGAGUUCAACCAAGUGAAGGCUGACAUGGAGCGCAAGGUGGCUGAGAAGGACGAGGAGAUGGAGCAGGCAAAGAGGAAUUACCAACGGAUGCUUGAGUCGCUUCAGUCCUCCCUGGAAUCUGAAACCAGGAGCCGCAAUGAGGCCUUGAGAGUCAAGAAAAAGAUGGAAGGUGACCUCAACGAGAUGGAGGUCCAGCUUAGCCAAGCUAACAGGCAGGCAGCUGAUGCCCAGAAACAGGUCAAGAGCCUCCAGGCGUUCCUGAAGGACUGUCAGCUGCAGCUGGACGAUGCCCAGCAUGGCAAUGAUGACCUGAGGGAGAACAUCACUCUCCUGGAACGCAGAAACAACCUGAUCCAGGCCGAGCUGGAGGAAUUGAGGGCCGCCCUGGAGCAGACGGAGAGAAGUCGGAAACUGGCUGAACAGGAGCUGAUUGAUGCUACAGAGCGCAUGCAACUCCUGCACUCCCAGAACACCAGCCUGAUCAACCAGAAGAAGAAGCAUGAAGCAGACCUCCUGCACCUGCAGAACGAGGUGGAGGAGGCCAUUCAUGAGAACCGCAACGCUGAGGAGAAGGCAAAGAAGGCCAUCACAGAUGCUGCCAUGAUGGCCGAGGAGCUGAAGAAGGAGCAGGACACCAGCGCUCAUCUGGAGCGCAUGAAGAAGAACAUGGAACAGACCAUCAAAGACCUGCAGCACCGCCUGGACGAGGCAGAGCAGAUCGCCAUGAAGGGUGGCAAGAAGCAGCUCCAGAAACUGGAGGCUCGCAUCAAAGAGCUGGAGAACGAGCUGGAGGCGGAGCAGAGGAGGGGAACAGAGUCCAUCAAGGGGGUUCGCAAGUAUGAACGCCGCGUCAAGGAGCUCACCUACCAGACCGAGGAAGACCGCAAGAACAUGGCUCGCCUCCAGGACCUGGUGGACAAGCUGCAGCUGAAAGUGAAGUCCUACAAACAUGCAGCCGAGGAGGCCGAGGAGGCAGCAAACACCAACAUGGCCAAACUCCGCAAGCUACAGCACGAGCUGGAGGAGGCCGAGGAGAGGGCCGACAUCGCCGAGUCCCAGGUGAACAAGCUGAAGGCAAAGACCAGGGACGGAUCCUCCAAGAAAGGCCUGGACGAGUGAGGAGGCGCAGGGAGUCGACGUCACAGGUGUUCCUGUUGCUCUGUGACUGGAGGGAUGCUUGUUACCAACGUGGCACCAGGAAGCAGCAGAAACUCUGAAACUCAGAAACACUGUUGUAGUGCUAAUUAUUAAUCUUUAGUCAAUGAGACAAGCUGAGAGACACUUUGUGACUUUAUUAUGAUCCUCAUUAGAAACCUCAGCGAGUUCAGACACAUCAGUCUGUGACCCCUUCAGGGCCUUCAGGGCCCCUGUACUGUUUGUGUCUCACGUUCUGUCAGUUAUUGUGUGUUUGUGUGAGUCCGUCCUGUCUCUUCUGUCCCCUGAACACAUGUAGGAACGUCUGUGUUUAAAUCUUCCUCCGUGUUUUAAAGUGUGUUGGUAGUUUAAUCCAGAGGCUCUAUUUCACUGAUAGACUGAUUUUAUUUCUCCUCCCUGUCCAAAGUUUGUACAUCAUCUCUGAGUAAAUCUUUGCAGUGAUGAUUUCUUCACAGAACAAAUCUUGACUCAGCAGUGGAACUAAAAACAUUGAGGAAUUUGUUUUUGCACUGCACCAAUAAACCUUUAGUUAUUAGUCAUAUCAGUGUCUGACGAGUCUAAACGUCUGCUGGGUCACCUCAUCUUUAGUUUCACUUUACCCCCCCAAGUGGUUUAAGUGAAGGUUGAUCUGGUUUCUCUCCUGCAGCUACAUUAGACAGAUACAUUUUCACUCUGCUAAACUUGUGCUUCAUGUUGUUUUUAAUCAUUUAAUCUGAUGUUUACCGUGUUGUAAUAUUUCAAACUCAUCCUGGAAAGUCGAUUCCUUCAGAGUGAAUCUCAGUUUUAUAAAAAGUGACAAAUAAAUAUCUCAUUCCCAAAACACUUUUAAUUUGAAAUAUCAUUUCCUGUUCAAGAUAACUCACAACAUGGCUGUGAUUCUCCUGAAGGUUUCGGUCUGGAUGGAGGAUCAGUGUAAAAACAACAACAUUAUGAUCAUUAUGUCAGAGCUGCAUGCAGGUG